AUGGCUACUCCAGAAAAGAUUCCUCAGACUGAGAAGUCUACUAAGGCUGCCAAUUUUUUACCACAAGGUAAAUGGCUUAAACCUGAAGAAAUUGAAUAUGAAUUUGGUGGAACCCCAGGUGUUCUUGGUAUGAUGAUCGGAUUUCCUUUACUAAUGUAUUACAUGUGGAUUAGUGCUGAAUUUUACCACGGGUAUCCAGCAUGGCCAGCAGGAGGUGAAUCAUGGUGUCAAUUCGUUAAACAUCUUUACCAAUUAUUCCUCGAGAAUGGUGUCCCCACGAAGUAUGCAUGGACAAUCUUUCUAACAUUUUGGGCUUUCCAAAUCUUCUUCUACUAUACUUUGCCUGGUGUUUGGACUAAAGGUCAACCUUUAACCCAUUUAAAGAAUAAACAAUUGCCCUAUUACUGUAAUGCAAUGUGGACUCUUUAUACCUCCACGGUUUUAAUCCUAACGCUUCAUGCUUCUGGAUUGUUCAAAUUGUAUACAAUUAUUGAGAUUUUUGGCCAAAUCAUGACGUGUGCUAUCAUUUCUGGAUUUGCGUUUUCCAUUGGCCUAUACUUAUGGACAAUGUUAAUCUCCAAGGAUUAUCACCGUAUGACUGGUAAUCCAAUUUAUGACAUCUUUAUGGGUGCCCCAUUGAAUCCACGUUGGGGCAUUUUGGAUUUAAAGAUGUUCUUUGAAGUGCGCUUACCAUGGUUUACACUCUUCUACAUUACAUUGGGAGCUUGUUUGAAGCAGUACGAAACCUACGGUUAUGUAACUCCACAAUUAGGUGUUGUCAUGCUAGCUCAUUGGUUAUAUGCCAAUGCCUGUGCCAAAGGUGAAGAAUUAAUCGUUCCAACUUGGGAUAUGGCUUACGAAAAAUUUGGAUUUAUGUUAAUCUUCUGGAACAUUGCAGGCGUUCCUUACACUUACUGUCACUGUACCCUUUACUUGUACUACCACCAUCCAUCUGAAUACCAAUGGUCUACGGGUUACAACAUCUCACUAUAUUUGACAUUGUUAACCGCCUACUAUUUCUUCGAUACCACCAAUGGUCAAAAGAAUUCGUUUAGAAAGCAAAUGGCUGGUGAUAAACGUGUAAGAAAGACUUUCCCAUUUUUGCCUUACCAAGUUUUGAACAAUCCUAAGUAUAUGGUCACUUCUAAUGGUUCUUAUCUAUUGAUUGACGGUUGGUACAGAUACGCCAGAAAAAUUCACUACACUGUAGACUGGGUUCAAUCUCUAGUGUGGGCGCUAUCUUGUGGCUUCAAUUCAAUUUUCCCAUGGUUCUUCCCUAUUUUCUUCUUCGUGGUCUUGGUUCACAGAGCCACCAGAGAUCAAGCCAAAUGUAAGAAGAAGUAUGGUAAGGACUGGGACACUUACUGUCAACACUGUCCUUACACUUUCAUCCCAUAUAUCUUUUAG